CGGUAACCCGCGGGUAUUCACACGGUUGUGAAGAGGACUUUGCCCAUAACGCGAUUCAUCUGUCUGUGGUGCACCAAAUGCAGACCAAAACGUACUUCAACAAGAAAAGGUCAUGUAAGUCCGAUGACAAACACCUGGGGGCGCUGUAGCUAUUUCCUGUUGAAACCCAGAGGCAUCAUUCAGACGGACUGACUUUGUAUCAACACCUUUGAAUUCCCCUUGACCGAGCUUCCCUUUCUCUGUGUGGUUCUGACUCGUUUUGUAAGUAUUGCUUACUUUUCUGAGGGAUUUGGACCAAAAUGUGAUCAAUGAGUGCAUCAGAAAGGAAUGUGGCUCCACCAAAGCGACCACAGUGUUGCUGAAAAACGACCAUAAUUCUGCCAUACUGACAAGCGUAAAACCACCAGGGCUAACCGCCAAUUUAAUGGGUCCUUUUUCUGAUGUGUUGUGUAUGUUAUCCAUAUGUUGAAGAAUGCGCACAGAGACCUAUUAGUCAGUCUGCGUUCUGUGAUCAAAAUGUUGGGCCUGUAGGCUUUGUUCAGGGUAACGUUACCUUUCUCUGAUUCUUUUGAGAUGCUUUGAUGGAAAACUCUCUGCAGACAACCAGGACAGACAGACCUGAACAAAUAAUGGAGGGUGGACGCGGUGGGGAGUAGUCAGUCGUGCAGCCCUUACUCAUUGGUUGCCUCAGACACAGUAGCUCUCCCUCGCACUCUCUCAUAAAUGCGCUCCCACCACCGACCGUAGCAGAUAAUCACAGGCCACUGUGAGAGGGACACACCUUCCGCUGAUUUUGCCACAGUUUACACGGGGAUGCGUUUCGAUUUACGAAAAGGUGUCAUCAGACCAAGAUUUGAGUCGUGUUUUCAGCUUGCAGUUUCGCAAUUUUGCGAUUUUUGUGCAUAGGUUUACGAGAUUGCUCCGCUCCAACUCGAAGAUGACUGGAGUUUUUGAGAACUUAAAUACUGAUAUGCAUUCGAACCAGAUUACCUCAAGCAGUUACCACAGCUUGCACAAAUCGCAGGAGUCUCCGACUCUCCCGGUGUCCACGGCGACGGACAGCAGCUAUUAUAACAGCCAGCAGCCGGGCCAUUGCGCAGGGUCUCCUUUUGGCCAACUCGGCUCUUACCAGUACCACGGCAGCGCCACGAGCACUGCGCCAUAUAAUGCAAAGACUUACGACCUUGGUUUCAACUCAUCUUAUGGUGCAUACAGCUCCUACGGCUCCAGCUCCUCUCCCACUCCAGCCGAUACAGAGAAAGAAGAGAGCGAGCCAGAAAUCCGGAUGGUUAAUGGAAAACCAAAGAAGGUCAGGAAACCUCGAACCAUUUAUUCCAGCUUCCAACUGGCUGCACUUCAACGGAGGUUUCAAAAGACGCAGUAUUUGGCUUUACCAGAACGGGCCGAGCUGGCAGCCUCGCUGGGCCUUACGCAAACACAGGUCAAAAUCUGGUUCCAAAACCGCCGCUCCAAGUUUAAGAAAUUGUGGAAAAGUGGAGAAAUCCCCCCAGAGCAACACGUUGCUUCCAGUGAAUCUCCCCCCUGCACGUCUCCGCCAACUACUGCCUGGGACUUUCCACAGACUCAAAGAAUGAACAGUGUCAACCCCAGUUUACCUCAGAGCAGCAGCCCUCCCAACACGACUGCGCCUUCAUCGUUUUUGGCAAACUACUCCUGGUACUCAACCACGAACUCUACGACGCAUCUGCAGCCUCUGGUCCAGCACCACCACAACUCCGCCAUAAGCGCUGGGACGAUAUUCUGAAACAAAAAGCAAAAGCAUCGGGUUUAAAUCGGACAAUACUGGUGAAAACGAGAAAAAUGCCAAUACCUUCAUUUUGCAGACCUCCUGUGUGCGCCAUGCGAACUUUACGCGCAAGCAUCUAGAAGAAGUUAACGGAGCCAGACAGGUUCAUGGACCUUGCCAGUUUUCGCGCUGGCAAAUGGUAGACACAGAUUUCUACAGUUAUUUUUGUAUUUAUUUAUUUUGCUUAUGUCGAGCGAUGAAUGAACCACUAUUACCCAAAGCAAUCACAGCCUGGGCGCGAGCCUACUUUUACGCGGACGUCACUUUUUUUGCCAUUCCUGCAAAUAAAACAUUCAUCGCAGGACAACCUGUCACAAAUGUAGCACAAGUUAACUGUAUCCGUGCCUUUUUCAAUACGACCUCAUUUUGUUGUGCGAUAAAACAGCUUACCUUUAUCCAUUCCUCGUGUCAUUAGUUGAUUUGAAUAAACUGGGGGGUAAGUGUCUGAUUCCACGUUUGUAAAUAUUUUACCACAUCUUUUUAAUAGCCCACGUCGCGUUGAUUCUUUUUUUUAUGCUAUUGGUGCAAAUCCUUUAAUUAACCACCGUAAGCUACUGAUUGUCCCACCCUCAGAUUUACUUGUAUCACACUUAAUUGUAUUUUUGUCUUAUUUAUUUUAGCGGUGUUUCAUAUAUGGCCAGACGUUAUUUAAAUAAAAAUGUUUUCUGUGCACUUGCA